CCUGUCCAACAGCGACGGAAAACCCAGAGAGAAACUAACACAGCUCAGCUCCCUCACAGCGGACUAACAGCGAGGAGCCCCAUUUACGAGGAAACAUGUUGUGACAGCUAAAAGGCACUUUACUGACGGACACUGCUGUGAGGAUGUUGUGGUUAUGAUGGUGCCAACCCAAUCUUGAAAAUGUACGAGGUGAUGUCCAGUGACACCCUGUCCUGGAAGGUGGCCAGUCCAAGACAAAGUGGCACCGAGUCCAGCCCCGAAUCACAGUUCGCUGGCGACGGAGGGCCCGUCAAGAUCCUCAAGGUGUGCUUCUGCACCAACAACAACCUGGGCAAGAACUUCAAGCUGGUCAAAUGUGAUAGCUCCUGGCAGAUUAGGGCCAUCAUUCGUUCGAUCCUGGUGAGCGGUCGACUGGGGCCGAACAUCAAACAUACGGGAUCCUACGGUCUCCUGCUGAAACACUUGAAGUCUGAAGAACUUCACUGGCUGCAUCCGGAUCUGACUGUGGGAGAGGUAGAACAACGCUACGAGAGCCAUCAUGUGGAAGCUGAGUGGAGGUACGACCUACGUAUCAGAUACGUUCCUGUCAAUUUCCUGGAAAAAUUCACAGAUGACAGAUCUACAUUGCUGUAUUUUUACCAACAGGUGCGUAGUGAUUACAUGCAGUAUCAUGCCAGUAAAGUCAGCGACGGGAUGGCACUGCAGCUCGGUUGCUUGGAGAUCAGGAGGUUCUAUAAAGACAUGAAUGCAAAAGGUCUAGAAAAGAAGUCUAACUUUGAGCUGCUAGAAAAAGAAGUGGGCCUGGACCUGUUCUUUCCUCCACAACUGAUCAACAGCAUGAAGUCGAAGCAGCUACGGAAGCUGAUUCAGCAGACGUUUCAACAGUACGCCACACUCAAGGAGGACGACUGCAUGGUCAGGUUUUUUGAGACCCUCAAAGAUUUCGUCAACUUCGAUGAAGAGGUCUUCCCGUGUGAACUAGUGCAAGGUUGGAGCCUGUCAGUGGAGUUGGUCAUCGGCGGGCGAGGCAUUCGCCAACGCACACAUAAGAAUUCAGCGGCUGUGUUUCUUGCCGACUUCAAACAGAUCAAGAAAGUACAAUGCUUAUCUCAGAGCGACGGCAAGGCUCUCCUAAACCUCGAGAUAGAGGGGGCCAGACAACGCCUAUCGAUCAACGUGGUCACAGUCCCUAUGGCGGAAAACAUGAUGGACCUUAUUGAUGGAUACUGCCGCUUGGAAAACAAAACAGAUGAUACUGUUAUCUACCGACCAAAUAAAGAUGCUAAUCCACGAAGUUCCCUCCCUGAGAUUCCCACAGGCAGAGACACCAGCUCGGUCAGACACAGUAUGGGGUCAGAUAUCUACUGUGAAAUUCUUGAUGAAAGGCCGAAAUCAGUGAAGUAUGGGAUUGACCGAAAUGACAUCGUUCUUGGCCGGAUUCUCGGUGAGGGGUUUUUUGGGGAAGUCUAUGAUGGAUUUUACAAAAAACCUGAUGGAGACAGGAUCAAUGUGGCAGUGAAAACCUGCAAAGACUGCUCACCCGAUGUGAUGGAGAAGUUCAUGAGUGAAGCAGUGAUCAUGAAAAACCUGGACCAUCCUCACAUCGUCAAACUGAUUGGGAUCAUAGAGGAGGAUCCUGUGUGGAUUGUCAUGGAGCUCUAUCAGCACGGAGAGCUUGGAAACUACUUGACUCAGAACAAGAACAAUCUGACAAAUACAACUCUGGUGCUGUUCAGCCUGCAGAUCUGCAAAGCCCUGGUCUACCUGGAAGGGGUCAACCUGGUACACAGAGACAUCGCAGUUAGGAACGUGCUAGUUGCCAGUCCAGACAGUGUGAAGCUCGGAGACUUCGGUCUGUCGAGGUACAUCGAGGAUGAGGAAUACUACAAAGCAUCUGUUACUCGGUUGCCCAUCAAGUGGAUGGCCCCGGAAUCCAUCAACUUCAGACGUUUCACAACGUCCAGUGAUGUGUGGAUGUUCGCUGUAUGUAUGUGGGAGAUACUGAGUCGAGGGCAGCAGCCGUUUUUCUGGCUGGAGAACAGAGACGUAAUCAACCAACUGGAGCAGGGCAUCAGGCUGCCCAAACCAGAUGACUGCCCUCCUGCUCUCUACUCACUCAUGACCCGCUGCUGGUCCUACGACCCCAGAGAGAGACCCACUUUCACUGAGCUGGUGGUCAAGAUCAGUGACGUCCAUAAGAUGGAGAAGGAGCAGGAGGUGGAGAGAGAGAGGGACCGAGCACGCUCCACAAAAUAUUUUGAUCCCAAGUUAAACUUCAACGAGCCUCCUCCCAAGCCUUCAAGAAUGAAACCAGGGCGGUUUGGGAACACGCUCAGCAUUGGUCUACACAUUCAGCUGAAUGAAGCUUUGUGUGCCAGCUCCCCUGAUCUGGCCAGCCCCUGUGAAUAUCAGUCCCCCGUUGACUCCAUGAACACUCUUGCACUGCCAGUCAGGUCCCCGCGACGUCGCAGCAUGGGGGAGAACGAGUUUCCCCGAGUGGAGCCAAACAGCAAGGAGGCCGCCCAGCGCCUGUGGCAGAGGGAGAAACGGAAUAUGCAGGACACUCUCCGUCAGCAGAAGGCGCAGAUGAUGGAGGAUAAUAAGUGGCUGCAGAAAAAGGAGAAACUCCUGGACCCCAUGGGACCAGAGGAUCCUGCCGGCCCAGCGUCCCCUGGAGCUGACACAGAGAAUGCACCGCCAGAGAAACCCCCACGGCUCACAGCGCAGCCUGCGCCCACAGCUGAACUGGACCGCUCUGAUGACAAAGUGUAUAAGUCUGUCAUGGACUUGGUCAAAGUUGUUGUUCAACUCAAGAAUGACAUCACUGAACUGCAGCCAGAUGAAUAUAUCACCAUUGUCAAGUCUGUAGGAAUGGCUUUACGAGAUCUGAUUCGCAAUGUGGAUGACAUACUGCCCACCUUACACGAGUCUGUCAGGACCGAGAUCGAGGGCACCCAGAAGCUGCUGAACAACGACAUGGCGGAGCUGAUCAGUAAAAUGCGGCUGGCGCAGCAGAACGCCAUCACCUCUUUGAAGGAGGAGUGUAAGAAACAGUUGCUGGCUGCAGCGCACACUCUGGCAAUGGACAGCAAGAACAUGUUGGAUGCUGUGGACCAAGCAAGAGUCAGGGCCAACUUAGCUAAGCCUGUGGACCCCUAGUGGACUGUAAAGUGCUCUGGUUCUGUUUACACAUUAAGCUUAAAUCUGACCUUUUCUCAUCAGUCAGACCUAACAUUUGCACACAGUUGUUGUGAACAAAUCAUUGCCAACAGUUGCUGCUGUUGCUGAGCUGUUGCUUCUUUGGACAGUCAUCGCCCUGUAAAUGUGUGUUGGUAAAUUUAAGUAUAUAAUGGUACAAGUCAGGCCAUCGUGGAAGAAAGGAUGGGAAUCCUUACCAAAGUAAAUGGGAGAUUUAUACUACAGUCUACAAAUCCCAAGCAUCGUGUUAAGGUUGCAGUCAGUCCUUACAAAUUUCAUUUGAUGUAAACUGUUUUCAGUUGUGAUUGGUUACUUACUGGUUUAAAUAUCUGCUCAGAAUUUAAAACAUCCUUGUAAAUAUGAAAUGUGUCUUAUUGGUUUUACUGCAGAAACUCUUUAUUCUUUCAAACCUGUCAACAGUAGUGUGUGUGAAAUGUGAGCGUGACAAAAUGAUAAGGUCCGUCAGCUAGAAAAAAACGUUUUAUAUAUCUAUACUUUCCAGACACAUUAUGUUAAAAUUGUAAGCAUUUUAUAUAAAUUAUGAUGAAGACUUACAAUGGUAUGGAUAAUGAACUGUCAGCUAAAGUCUGUUCAACUUGAGUCAAAGGUUGUUGUAUUAUGUCUGUUAUCAUUACCAUAAAAUAUGAAAUUGUAGCACAUAAUUCCAAUGAUAUAAAAAUAAAUAUGAUGUAUACUACUGUA